UCCUCCGGUUUUGGACAGCGUCGAGAGGUCACAGUGAGGUUGCCGGUGGUUUGUGAAGAGUAACUAAUUGCAGACAAUGGCGUAUUCUGGUCCCGGAGGCGGCUAUUACCAGGGAGGGUAUGGAAGUGCUCCAGGUGGACCAGCAUUUCCUGGUCAGGCUCAAGAUCCAUUAUAUGGUUAUUUUGCUGCAGUAGCUGGGCAGGAUGGGCAAAUAGAUGCUGAUGAGCUACAAAAAUGUCUGACUCAGUCAGGAAUUGCUGGUUCCUAUAAACCCUUUAAUUUAGAAACUUGCAGACUCAUGAUCUCCAUGCUUGAUAGAGACAUGUCUGGCACAAUGGGCUUCAAUGAAUUUAAAGAGCUUUGGGCUAUACUGAAUGGCUGGAGGCAGCAUUUUAUGAGUGUGGAUGCAGACCGCAGUGGCACAGUUGAUUCUCAGGAGCUGCAAAAAGCAUUGUUGUCUAUGGGAUUUAGAUUGAGUCCACAGGCCAUCAAUGGAAUUGUGAAACGAUACAGCUGUCGUGGGAAGAUCAGUUUUGAUGACUAUAUAGCCUGCUGUGUAAAACUCAGAGCUCUUACUGAUAGUUUUCGAAGAAGGGAUGCAGCCCAGCAAGGGAUGGUGAAUUUCCAAUAUGAUGAUUUCAUUCAGUGUGUCAUGAGCAUCUAACUCAAGAGUGAAGACUGACAGAUGAGCAUGGAUCUACAUUCCACAUCACUUUGCUUUGCGCCAAACCUAUAUGCUGUGUAACUAAAUUGUGAUAAUUGCAUAUUUUCUAAAUAUUAAUCAAUAUGGUUUUAUAGUUUUUAUAACUAAUGGAAGAAGGAAAUACAAUAAAUGUUGUUUGAGUGGAUCUGCCUUAUAUAUUUAUAAUUUGCAUGAGGAGAAAAGGAAACAAAUUAUUCAUGUUUACAUUUAAUUUUCCUGUAUCAUUUAAAGGUGAUCACAUUGGAAUAUGCCUUGUUAUCAGUACUAUCUAGGAAGUUAAAAUAGGAAUGUAUUGGAAUGAAUUCAUAAAAUGUGAUGGAGGUUUAUUUCUACGAAGUUUUUUAAAACUCAGAAUAAACUAAAAGUUUAUCACUUU